AUGGACGCGCGGACCGAGCCAGAGCUUGGAGCCCCAUUGCACUGGGCGUCUGUCGAUUUCGAUGCUAUCUCCUUCUGUAGGGAUACCUUCGGAUCCCCUACCACGAAUAGCGAUUUUACUUCGAUUAACCGUACCGCCAAUUCCAACCAAUUGGUACUCUUCCCUCUCGGGCAUGGAUGGGUUCUACACAGUGAAUGCAGUGCCGAAUUUUGUAACGUCGAGUCAAAGAUAAAGAUGCGAUGGAGUGAACGACGUACGCUUAACGAUAUGGCUCCUCGAGGACCUAUUCUAUUUGGCGUCGCUGCGCUUGCCUCGGUUGUCAGCGCAAGCUCUUGGUCGCUCCCCGAGGGCUACCAUCGAUUUGCACCUCGUACAGAGGGAUUCAACUGGAGCCCUUGUGAUGAGGAUGCCUCUGGUUCCCGUGAAUGCUCCCGUUUUGAGGUUCCUCUCGAUUGGGCAAAUAGUACUGCUGGAAAGGCAACGCUUGCCGUCGCGCGAUACAAGGCCACAGCAACUCCUAGACUUGGGACUCUGUUUAUCAAUCCUGGUGGCCCAGGUGGCAGUGGAGUAGGAACAAUAAUAUCAUCCAACGCCGAAGAACUUUCUUCAAUGUCGGGUGGCCAGUACGACAUCGUUAGUUGGGAUCCUCGUGGUGUCGGUUCUUCUGUCCCGCGCGCAGAAUGCUUCAAGACCGCAGCUGAAGAAGCCGCGUUCUGGGAGGGCACCAUUCCACACGCCGGGUUAGAGGCUCGAGGAAAUUUCACCGAUCAGCAUGAUCUUGAUGUCUUUUACGAACAAGUCGACGAAGUGGACGUCUUGCUUGAGGAACUCGGCGAAAGAUGCAUAAAUUUUAGUCCUGAGACUUUCCAGUAUAUCGGAACCGCUGCUGCUGUACGUGAUAUGGUUGCGAUGCAUGAUAUUCUAGAGGGACCGGAUAAGCCCAUCGAUUUUUGGGGAUUAUCUUACGGCACAGUCAUUGGCAUCUAUUUGGUCAACAUGUUCCCGGAUCGCGUUGGGCGCGUAGUACUUGACGGUGUUGUGGAUCCUGUGUACUGGGCGAACCACCCCGCGCACGAGAUGUGGGGAGUCAAGACAGAGUCGACCGAUGAAGCAUUGACAGGAUUCGUUACUGCGUGUGCUGCUGCUGGCCCAUCGGGAUGCGCCCUCGCUACCAAUGAUUCUACUCCUGAAAGUCUCCGGGCACUGAUGUACGGUCUAAUCGAUGCUGCCUAUGAUUACAAGCGCCAAGUAGGCCCAAAUGCCACGAUUGGGUCUGCAAACAUUCGGUCUAUACUGUACCAGGGAAUGUACUCGCCAACGGGAUGGCCCAGAUUGGCAAAUCAAUUAGCUAGAUGCGUUGAUGAAUUCCGCAACGCCUCAUUGUUAUCAAACUCGACCCACAAGCGAUCAAUUCGUGCACCCUUAGUCGACCUUGUUCGUCGUCAAAAUACCAACAACGGAACCUCUGAAGAUGAAAGGGCUGUCGACUACUCGUUCCAAGGCGUAACGUGCGCAGAUGCAGCUGACCCAGGCAACGUCACCACCAAGGAUGUCUUCGAUUUCAUGGUAAAGGUUUCUCGUGAAGUUAGUCCAAUAUGCAAUGAAGCCGAUCCCGUGACACCUUAUAUCUCUGCAAAAAGGGUUGCAGACGCAUUGGGCGAUUCUGCUAUUUUGAUUGAACAAGACGACUAUGGUCACUCGUCGCUCGCUAUGCACUCGACCUGCACGAUAACUGCACUUCAGGAUUAUUUUAUGAGUAAUAAGCUUCCUAGCCAAGAUAAACUUUGCGGAACAAAUCAAGAGCUUUUCCCCGGACCUGGCGUCACAAAAGCUACGGUAUCUAAACUCAGUGCCCACAGCCUGUCGACCAAUUCUAUCUCGCUCGAGGAAGAACUGAAAGAUGAGCUGGAAAAGGCUCGUGAACAUGGGGACAAAUUGUUCAUCGCCGUCAUUGCACUUGCCACCGCCGCCGGCCUUUUGCUCCUGGGCGUCCUGUUCUCGUGCAUUCGUAGUCGUCAGAAAUCGAAACGUGCACUCGCCACAUAUAUACCCCGCAGAGCAUUUGAAAAAGGAGGUGAGGACGAAGGACACACGUAUGACGAUCCUUACCACGAGGGAGCGGGCGCCAAGCCAGGUGGAUACUCGCGCGUCGAGACAUGA